AUGGUUGCAGUUGCUACUUGGUGGAUAGCUCUUACCUUUGUGAUUUCUAUGGCAUCAGCAGAGCCAUGUCCGGAUGACAAGUGGGUGCCAUUCGACAGCAAGUGUUAUGCCGCGGGUACCAUGCUGAAUAAAGUCUGGUAUGAAUCAACAUGGGUGAAUGCACGGAAGAUCUGCACAAGCGUUGGAGCAGAUCUCAUCGUCACAAACACCUGGGCUGAGUUCGACUUUGCGUUGUCUUUGCUGCUUGAUACAGGAGACCAGUGGAGUUUGACCCGAUGCUCCACGAAUCGUACCGGGCUGGUGUGGACGUGUGAAGACGACCCGUCCAGCUACGACGAGUCUGAUCUCGCGAACAAUGUUGGCUACUGGAAUUGGUCUUCCGGUCAUCCAACGGGCCCGCCCUAUAAUGAAGACCAAUGCAUUCUCCUCAGCCGCUCAGAAUCACCACCGCUAAGCAUGCAAGAGGUCUCCUGCCAGUUAGCCAGUACACCGUUCAUCUGUGAGAUGGAGGCGGGGCGAUUGCAAACCACGCCCCUCCCGCUAACGACGUCGACAUCGACACUUGCACAGACCCCCAUAGUACCCGAAGGUCCCCCGAAACAACACCGCGUUUCAAGUCUCGGUGUGUUCUUCGCGCAUCGGCAGGCUAUCGGAGGGUUAACUAACGUCUGUAUGAAGACGACCUACAAGCUGUCUAAGAUGCCUGCCAAACAGAUCACCGUAUGCGCCGUGCUCUGUCUGCAAGACUCGCGAUGCAAGUCCUUCAACUACCACAGAGGGAAGCAGAUAUGCGUGAUGUUCUACGUAGACUCUUCUGAGGUUGGCAGUGGUGGGUUUAGGCAAGUCAGCGGCUGUGCGUACUACGAAUUACGAUAGGGGAAAGUUCUACACGUGUCUGCGAGUUGCUCCCUCGGCUUAAAUCUGUCACUUGAUUAUUUGUACGUAAAAUUUAGAAGUAUUUGUGGUAAUUAUAUUAGUUGUGAAUUGCACACAUAAUAAUAUAAUCAAGUCGCACUUAAUGCAAAUUAAAGUUCGAUAUUAUUUUUUUGUCGAUGAAAAUUAUUUGAUUUAAAUUUGAACAUUUUUUUUCAGAGAAAAUUUGUCGGAAUACAAGUUGACUGAAAACUAAACCCAAUAAACCUUUUUCUUGCGCAAUCAAAAUUGUAUAUCAGCAAAAAAAGGAACAAAAAUAAUGAUGAAUAUUGAUUAAAAAAUAAUUCAGAUAUUCCUGGGCUUUGAGAUAUUAUGAGCUUAAAAUAACAGUUUUCAAUAACAACAUCAAAAUACAAGCUACUUU